AGGAUUUAAACCAGGACGCCGAAUCUAAAUUUUCCACAGACUCGUUCUCCUUUACCACUGUCCGUCUGUUUGUUGGAGCAACACACAUUUCAAAAAUGGCUCUUCGAGUAACCAGAAACCGCUUGGCUUCUACCAGGACUGACCUAGGUGGAAAGGCCUGCUCGAUCACCGGACCCACGAAGCCUCGAGCGGCUCUUGGGGAAAUUGGAAACAUCGCAGUUAACAAAGAAGUACAGAAAAAAACUGUCAAGACAGAGGCCACCAAGAAGACCAAAGUCAUCAUCACCAAAGUUGAAAAAGCAGUUGUUGAAAAACCCAAACCUAAAGAUGUUGUUCCUGUUAAACCCAAGCCCGAGGUGCAGGUUCUCCCUGAACCAGCAUCCCCCACUCCAAUGGAAACUUCUGGCUGUGUGCCUGCGGACCUCUGCCAAGCAUUCUCUGAUGUCAUUCUCCACACUGUCAGGGAUGUGGAUGCAGAUGACUACGAAAACCCCAUGCUCUGCAGCGAAUAUGUGAAGGAAAUCUACAAGUAUCUACGGCAGCUUGAGGUUGAGCAGAACGUUAGACUCACUUAUCUGCAGGGUCAGGAGGUAACUGGUAACAUGCGGGCCAUUCUCAUUGACUGGCUCGUGCAAGUGAGCCUAAAGUUCCGUCUGCUGCAGGAGACGAUGUACAUGACUGUAGGAAUCAUUGACCGCUAUCUUCAGGACCACCCAGUCCCCAAGAAGCAGCUGCAGCUGGUCGGCGUGACUGCCAUGUUCCUUGCUUCCAAAUACGAGGAGAUGUAUCCCCCGGAGAUCUCAGACUUUGCCUACGUGACUGACAAGGCCUACACCACUCUCCAGAUCAGAGACAUGGAGAUGUCAAUCCUCCGGGUGCUCAAGUUCCAACUAGGCCGCCCUCUUCCCCUGCAGUUCCUCAGAAGGGCAUCAAAGAUUUAUGAGGUAACUGCAGAGCAACACACCCUGGCAAAAUACCUCCUGGAGCUCACCAUGGUCGACUAUGAGAUGGUUCACUUCCCACCUUCAAUGAUGGCAUGCGCUGCUUUGGCUCUUACCCUCAAGAUCUUGGAUGCUGGCGAAUGGGAUGUGACUCUGCAGCACUACAUGGACUACACAGCAGAGAGUUUGAUUCCUGUGAUGGCACACAUUGCCAAGAAUGUUGUGAAGGUGAAUGAUGGGCAGACCAAGCACAUGGCCAUUAAAGGAAAGUACUCUACUUCCAAGCAGAUGAAGAUUGCUACCAUCUCACAGCUCAAGUCUUCAGUAGUGAAGGAUCUUGCAAAGCAGCUCACCCAGUGAGAUGACUUUUGGCACCAUGUGCUGAUAUGUACAAUUGUAACUAAAACUUUUUAAUGUGACUGAAGGAGCUGCACGCCAAGGACCACGUCAGUCGUUUGCAUAUUUUUAUCAACUGACAUUGUGUACUUUUUACUGACCCUUGUCCCACGCAUGCUUCAAGUUGUAGUCUGAAAGCUGGCCCUCCAGACCUGCAGCCCACACACUGGCAGUUUAGAUGGGGGGGGGGGGGGGAGAAAUUGACUUGCUCUUAUGAAGUGAACCAUGUCACCGAUCAGGCUUAUUACUCUGCAUGAGUAUCAGUUGGCUACCGAUGACUACUCCAAUGCAACUCUAUUGACGUUUACAACAGUUUGUUAAUGCACUACUUGCCAAUGUUGGCCAACAGACAUCUUGACCCAGGUAUCCUUAAGCUCAAAUGUUGCUGCACAAUAAUUUUACAAUGUUUAUAUCCCCAUGCAUAAGUAGUUGUUUUUAUAGCUGCAUGUAACUGCUGCCAAGUGGCUGAAGAAUCUAAAACUUGAGGCAUGCUUUAAUGGUCACAAUGUAUAAAGAGGGGGGGCAGCGACCAGGUGUGUUUUUUAAAUGGGAUGUUUUCUUGUGUAAAAUGUACAGCAAUACUUUUUAAAUGCUUUUACAUUCUUAAUUUUGUUUUAAAGCUUCUAUAAAAUGGUUCAGACCAGA